AUGGGCUUCCUCGACGACGCCGCCUCGGUCAUGUCGGGGCGGACCUCGCACUCGAAGCGGUCCAAGUCGCACCGCAGCAGCCGCCACCACCACCACAAAGACCGCUCCCGCAGCCACGAGCGCUCGCGGUCGCGCCACCGCUCCUCCCGCUCCAACGUCGGCAGCAGCGGUGGUGGUGGUGGCGUGGGCGGCGCCAUCAGCGGCAUCGCAGCCUCCGUCUUCGGCGGCGACGAGGACGAGGAUGACCACCAUCGCAGCAGCCGCCGGCGCAGCCACCACGACACCCGGCGCGGAGGCGGAGACAGCGACGACGACGGCGUGCGCUCCUUCUUCGGCGGCGGCGCGCCCAACAACUCUAGAGGCUCCUUCUUCAGCAACUUCGGAGGCCGCCCCCCCCACUCAUCCUCCUCCUCCCACUACCGGCGCUCCCCCCGGCCCGGCUUCAUCGCGCGCCUCCUCAAAAAACUCAAACGCCUCUUCCGCGACCUCCUCUACUACGCCAAACGCCACCCGACCAAAGUGUUCAUGCUCGUGCUGAUGCCGCUAAUCACAGGCGGCGCGCUGACGGCGCUGCUGGCGCGGGUCGGCUUGCGGCUGCCGCCCUUCGUGGAGCGCAUGCUGGGGGUGGCGGCGCGGGCCGGGGGCGGGGAUUCGUUGGGGUUGGUGGGUGAGGCGGUGCGGAUGAUGAGCGGUGCCGCGGCGGCGGCGGGGGGCGGGAGUAGUGUGGUUAGGGCGGGUGUGGAGAGGGGAAGGGAGGGGGGGAUGCAGUGGGAGAGGAGGAGUUUGGAGAGGGAUUUUGAUGGGUUUGGGGGCGGUGGUGGUGGAUGGAGUGAUGGGUUGAAGGGGGUGAUGAAGAUGUUUUCUUGAUUCGGUGUGGCUGGUUGGUUAUGAGGGAUGAUGAUGGAUGAUGGAUGAGAUGAGGGAUGAGGGAUGAGCGGCCAGCGCGCCAUAGUUACGAGUAGAUAUGAGUAUGGGUAGGUAUUUUUGCUUAACGAAGAAAAGGGCGUUUGGGUACUCGCUUAUACUAGGAUCCUGUGUGUGAUUUCACUCUGAACCGAUGGGUCACGAUGGGUCAAGCAAGGCGACAUU